AUGUCGCAUUACGGUGGCCCGCCCAACCAGCAGUACGGUGGUGAUCAUUAUGGCCAACAGGGCCAGGGCUAUCCUCCUCAACAAGGAUAUGGCGGCCCCCCACCUCCAGGCUACUAUCCCCCAGAGCACCAGCAACAAGGAUACGGUCAGCCACCGCAAGGCUAUGGAGAGCCCCAGUAUAAUCAGCAGGGCUAUCCUCCUCAAUACAAUGAGCAACCUCAACAUGGCCAAUAUCCCGGCGGUCCCGGAUAUGGUGGUCCCCCGCAAGACCGUGGCCACUCGCCCUAUCCCCCGCAACAGCAUCAACAGCAGUACCCGCCCCAAGGCGCAAGUGCCUCAUACUACGGGAACGCCCCUCCUCAGGGACAAUAUGGAAAUGCACCUGGGCCCGGCGGUCCGGAAGGCGAGAAGGGUCUUGGCUCAACACUCGUCGGUGGCGCCGCUGGUGGUUUCGCUGGCCACAAACUGGGAGGUGGAUUCCUGGGGAGCGCAGCUGGAGCGGCCAUCGGUGCCGUUGGUAUGAAUAUGGCAACCCAUGAAUAG